AUGGAAAGCUCUGAGGUUGACCCUGAGAGCCUGGAGCGCAAGCAGAAGUUCCUUGGCCAGGCGCCGCUUCACCUGGCGGCCAGAAAAGGCCACAUUGAGGUGGUCGAGCUGCUGCUGAAGUCGGGCGCCUCCGUGGGGAACGCGGACGAAUUCGGUUUUACGCCACUCUUGUGCGCGGCAGAACGUGGCCACGCGGAGGUGGUCAAACUGCUGCUGCAGUCGGGCGCCUCCGUAGAGGCGAAGACCAAGGACGGCAGCACAGCGCUGUUCUCUGGGGCUGCGAACGUCGAGGUGGUCGAAGUGCUUCUGAAGUCCGGCGCCUCCGUAGAGGCCAAGAACAAACGAGGCGACACGGCGAUGCACUUUGCCGCGACGGGCGGCAAGGUCGAUGCGGUGCAGAAGCUGCUGGCGGCAGGAGCCAAGGUCGAUGUGGCCAACCGUAACGGCGAGACGCCCCUGCUUCAUGCGGUCCUUCAGGGUCGCGCGGAGGUGGUCGCAGUGCUGCUGAACUCCGGCGCGUCCCUAACGAGGAAGGGCAAACUCGGCCUUACGCUGCUGCAUGACGCGGCUUGGCUGGGCCAUGCCGCGGUGGCCGAGAAGUUAAUCGCUGCCGGGGCCAAGGUGGAUGCUGGCGGCCACCCGCCCUUGGUCUACGCGGCCAAGGGCGACCAGCGCCACGUGGAGGUGCUGGAGCUGCUGCUGAAGUCCGGCGCCAACGCGGCAAGGAAGGACGAAGACGGCGACACAGCGCUGCAUCACGCUGCGGGUUGGAGCGGCAACACCGAAGUGGUCGCGAAGCUGAUCGCUGCAGGAGCCAAGGCGGACGCCUGCGACCGAGAAGGCAACACGGUGCUGCAUAUUGCAGCACUGAAAGGCCAUGCGGCCAUGGUCGAGCAGCUAAUUUCUGCUGGGGCCAAGGUGAACGCACACAACAGGGAGGGCAACACGCCGCUACAUGAGGCGGCCAAGGACGGCCAUGAGGCCACGGUGAAAGAGCUCAUCGCUGCCGGGGCCAAGCUGGACGCUGCGAACAAAAAAGGCUUAAAGCCUUACGACGUGGCAAAGAAAGGCGGCCGCUACGCCGUGAUGGCCCUCUUGAAAGAGCCCGACAGGCCCAGCAGGCCCGACAGGCCCAGCAGGUCCGAGAGAGAGGAGAUGCACAGAGGCCCCCGGGUCCUCCGAGGCGCCCGGGUCCCCACACCCCCCAUGGAUCCCGAGGAUCCGCUCGGACUCCUCUAAAGUGAGGAGCGUUUCCGUUGCGG